CGUAUAAAACCCAUAGUUUCUGCGUUAGACAUCAAUUUUGGGUUUUCUAUAUUGUCAGCAGUAAAUAACACUAGCUGUUACAAACAAUCAAAAUGACGGUCAAAAUUUCAGUUUUUGCUGUCGUUCUGAUUGUGACUUAUGUCUCCGCUGAAAUGAUCCAGCCGUCCGCAUUAGCAUUACACUUGCCGUAUAUGCCUUACUAUCCAAAAGAACGUACAACCUUCACAGAAUUCAAGAAAAGUGUAUACACAUUGAACCAAGCUUUAUUCAAUGUAAUUGCCUCUGCAAGAAGUGCCUACAACUACUAUUCGUUAUACAAUAAACAACCAGGCCUCACUCUAGAAAUAACAGAAAAAAAAGAUAAAUUCGAGAAAGCAUUAAACUACUUUGAGAACAAGUUGAUGGACUACCGCCAUUCGUUGAUUCAAUUCAAAACGUUAAUAAACUAUGAUACCAACAUCCCAGUCACAUCAUUGGACGACGACAUUCCCAUCGACCGUGCUAUAUUGUAACUUUUAAAUAGUAAAUAAUUUUAGUAGCUUGUUAAUAAAUUCAUUUACAAAACGUUGUCAAACAUAAUAACUUGUAGUUGUUUUUAAAUGACCCUGAACGAUGAAGUUGCAAUUUCUUAUUUCAAAUCCUUUAGCCUUAUUGACAAGCAUGUCAUAACAUAUAAAUAUUAUUCAUCUAAUUAUUAUUUAAUAUAUAUCAGAUGUAUGAAAAUAUUAGGUAAAUAAGAACUUGAGUAUUAACAAAUGCAUAAUUGUCUUAAAAAUAGUCAAUGUUAGAAAUUGACUAUACUAUAACUCAUAAUACUAUAUAGUGUUAUUGUAGUGAUACUGAAGUUAGUUAUGUAUGUAAUAAAUAAUUUACAAUAAUAAAAUAUGCUACGGUUUA